AUGUCCCUGUCCGUCAGGGCGCAGAGCAACAGCUUCGUCUGUACUGGAGUCAAUGAAGCUUACAACUACAACGCCUCCAUCUCGUAUCUUGGAUGUCACACCGAUGCCGACACCCGCUAUCUGGAUGGCCCGCAAAUAAGCAUUCCUCAGAAUGAUCCUCAGGUGUGUGCCAACAAGUGUGGCUACCAAGGAUACCACUACAGUGCUGUGGAGUACACUACACAAUGCUUCUGCGGCAAUGUUCUCAGUCCAGACUCUACGAAGUUGAGCGAAAGCAGUUGCAACUAUACCUGCCCAGGAGACUCCUCCGAAAUUUGUGGAGGUACUUAUGUUAUGAACCUCUACUCUAUCAGCAAUCCCAAUCCGCAUCCGCCUCCGAAGGGGGUCAAACGGUCUCCAGUGUGUCUGACCGACCCUUUCUGUGCCAACAAAGCUUGCGAUACGUCCCUCUCGCAGGAUGACCGCAUUGCUGCCCUCAUUUCCCAGAUGACCGUCGAGGAGAAGGCGACCAACUUGGUCGACGGGGCUCUCGGUCUCCCGAGGAUUGGCCUGCCACCUUACGAGUGGUGGAACGAGGCGCUCCACGGCGUUGCUGGAAGCCGGGGCGUGAGUUUCGAUUCUCCAAACGGCAGCGACUUCAGCUAUGCCACCAGCUUUCCCUUACCAAUUCUGAUGGGAGCGGCUUUUGAUGACCCUCUCAUUUAUGAUGUGGCCUCCAUCAUCGGCAAAGAAGCGCGAGCGUUUGCCAAUUACGCACACUCUGGCUACGACUUCUGGACUCCAAACAUGAACACGUUCCUGGAUCCCCGAUGGGGACGCGGUCUCGAGGUUCCGACCGAGGAUUCGUUCCAUGCCCAGCGUUAUGUGGCGAGUCUGGUACCCGGUCUCCAAGGCGGAAAAGAGAAGACCGAUCACAAACAAAUCAUUGCCACUUGUAAGCACUUCGCGGUAUACGAUGUUGAGACGAACCGUCAUGCACAAAACUACGAACCGACCCCACAGGACCUCGGAGAGUACUACCUGCCGGCAUUCAAGACCUGUGUCCGAGAUGUGAAUGUCGGUUCCAUCAUGUGCAGUUACAAUGCUGUGUAUGGGGUGCCUGCAUGUGCGAGCGAGUAUUUUCUCCAAGACGUGCUGAGGGAUCAGUGGAACUUCAACGAGCCCUAUCAUUAUGUCACUUCGGAUUGCGAAGCAGUCAAGGACAUCUGGACGCCGCACAACUUCACCGACACCGAGCCUGCGGCCGCGGCCGUUGCUUUGAAUGCUGGUACGGAUACAAACUGCGGAACCAGCUAUCUUCAGCUCAAUACAUCUGUGGCCAACAAUUGGACGACCGAGGCCCAAAUGGAUAUCAGCUUGACGAGGCUUUACAAUGCUCUCUUUACCGUCGGGUAUUUUGACGGCCAGCCAGAGUAUGAUGGUUUAUCCUUCGCCGACGUGAGCACCCCAUUCGCCCAAGCCACCGCCUACAGAGCAGCUUCAGAAGGAAUUACCCUGUUGAAGAAUGAUGGCUUGCUGCCGUUGAAGAAAUCGUACAACUCUGUAGCACUCAUCGGUCCGUGGGCCAAUGCUACAACACAAAUGCAAGGAAUCUACCAGGGCAUCGCUCCAUACCUGGUCAGUCCAUUGGCAGCAGCUCAAGCGCAGUGGGGUCACAUAUCCUUUACGAACGGGACCGCAAUCAAUUCCACAAACACGACAGGCUUUGCUUCCGCUCUCUCGGCUGCGCGAGAUGCCGAUGUGAUCAUCUAUGCUGGUGGUAUCGAUUCCAGCAUCGAAAAGGAAAGCCGCGAUCGAACCUCGAUAUCAUGGCCUGGAAAUCAGCUUGAUCUUGUGCAGCAGCUUUCAGAGCUCGGCAAGCCAUUGGUUGUCGUGCAGUUUGGAGGUGGGCAGGUCGACGAUAGUGCAUUGUUAAGGAACAAGAACGUCAACUCGCUUGUCUGGGCUGGCUAUCCAGGCCAAGAUGGUGGAUCAGCCCUCAUCGAUGUACUCGUCGGAAAGCAGUCCCCGGCCGGCAGACUCACGAUCACGCAAUAUCCAGCAGACUAUAUCAACCAGAUCAGCCUCUUCGACCCCAAUCUCAGACCAAGCGACUCCUCGCCUGGCCGUACAUACAAAUGGUACAACAAAGAGCCCGUACUUCCCUUCGGCUAUGGUCUCCAUUAUACGACAUUCGAGUUCGACUGGGCCAAAGCACCACAAGCCUCCUACGACAUCGCCAGUCUUGUAGACUCUACCGCGAGCUACACCACUUCCCCCAAGAAAAAUGACGCAUCGCCAUGGACCGAAUUGUCGAUCAAAGUCCACAACAGCGGCUCGCUUGGCUCGGACUACGUCGGCCUGGUCUUUCUUCGCACGCCAAAUGCCGGACCCGCUCCGUACCCCAACAAAUGGCUUGCUUCAUACGCUCGUCUUCACGGUCUUUCUGCAGGUGCAUCCGCGGAACUAUCAUUCAGUCUGAGUCUUGGCGCUCUGGCUCGAGGGGAUGAACACGGGGAUCUGAUCAUCUAUCCCGGUGACUACGAGGUCCAGAUUGACUAUGAUGCCCGCUUGACGUUCAACUUCACCUUGACGGGCGAGGCUAAGCUGCUGGAUGGGCUGGCGAGACAGAAGGCUUCUUACGACUACACGGUUCCCGUGCAUCCGCCAGCUUAA